CAUAGUGACUAAUGCAAUAAGAUAUAUCCUUCAACUAUCUUCUACUCAUUCAAGGUGGCAAUGCAUAUCAAAAUGAUUGUCACUGUUCCAUUAUCAAAGGCUCUUUUUGCAGCCUUUCUCUUUGUCACCACCUUCCUCUUAACCUCCCCUGGAUUUGUUUUGGCUACUUCACAGCAUGGAAGUGUUACAAGACACUACAAAUUCGAUAUAAGGUUGGCAAACGUUACGAGGCUGUGCCACACAAAAAGCAUGGUCACCGUGAAUGGGAAGUUCCCGGGUCCUCGAAUUGUUGUUAGAGAAGGGGACAGAUUGUUGGUUAAGGUUGUUAAUCAUGUUCCAAACAAUAUCAGCUUGCAUUGGCAUGGUGUGAGACAACUUCGUAGUGGUUGGUCGGAUGGUCCAUCAUACAUAACUCAAUGCCCAAUUCAAACAGGUCAGAGUUAUGUGUACAACUUCACCAUUGUUGGACAAAGAGGAACUCUUUUCUGGCAUGCUCAUUUCUCAUGGUUAAGAGCUACUGUCUAUGGACCUCUCAUCCUUCUCCCAAGGCACAAUGAAUCUUAUCCUUUUCAAAAACCCUACAAGGAAGUCCCCAUUCUCUUUGGUGAGUGGUGGAAUGCAGAUCCUGAAGCUGUAAUUGCACAAGCUCUUCAGACAGGGGGUGGCCCAAAUGUUUCUGAUGCCUACACCAUUAAUGGGUUUCCUGGACCUCUUUACAAUUGCUCCAAAGAUACAUACAAAUUGAAGGUGAAGCCAGGAAAAACAUAUUUACUACGUUUAAUCAACGCUGCACUCAAUGACGAACUCUUUUUCAGCAUUGCUAAUCACACAUUAAUCAUUGUUGAAGCAGAUGCAUCUUACAUUAAACCAUUCGAGUCCAAUACCAUCAUACUUGGACCAGGUCAAACCACAAAUGUUCUAUUAAAAACAAAACCAAAUUACCCUAAUUCCACAUUCUACAUGCUAGCUAGACCAUAUUUCACAGGGCAGGGUACUUUCGACAAUUCCACAGUAGCUGGAAUUUUAGAAUACACUAAACCAAAUGAUCAAACAAAUUUAAAUCUCCCUAUUCUAAAACCUGUGCUUCCAGUCAUCAAUGAUACUAAUUUUGUUGCUAAUUUUAGUAACAAAUUUCUUAGCUUAAAUAGUCCAAAAUACCCCGCAAAUGUGCCAAAAACUAUUGACAAAAACUUUUUCUUUAUCGUUGGACUAGGAACUAGUCCAUGCCCAAAAAACCAAACAUGUCAAGGACCAAAUAAUAGUUCAAAAUUUGCAGCUUCAAUGAACAAUGUAUCAUUUGCUUUACCUUCUAUAGCACUUCUUCAACAACAUUUCUUUGGAGCUAAUAAUGGUUUUACAACGGAUUUUCCGGUUGUACCGUUAAGGCCGUUUAAUUAUACAGGAACACCUCCAAACAAUACUUUGGUUAGUAAUGGAACAAAGACAGUGGUGAUACCAUAUAACACUAGAGUUCAGGUUAUAUUGCAGGAUACAAGCAUUUUGGGAGCUGAGAGUCAUCCUUUGCAUCUUCAUGGAUUUAAUUUCUUUGUUGUUGGUCAAGGUUUUGGAAAUUUUAAUGCUAGUAGUGACCCUGCAAAGUUUAAUCUUGUUGAUCCUGUUGAGAGGAAUACUGUUGCUGUGCCUUCUGGUGGUUGGGUUGCGAUACGAUUCCUUGCUGACAAUCCAGGUGUUUGGCUGAUGCAUUGCCACUUUGAUGUGCACCUUAGUUGGGGAUUGAGGAUGGCUUGGAUUGUUGAAGAUGGAAAGUUACCAGAUCAAAAAUUGCCUCCUCCUCCUAAGGAUCUCCCCAAAUGUUGAUCACUAUACCAUUUGACUCUGCUAAUUUUCCUUACUAAAGAAACCCUUUUCUACAUCUUUUGAUUUUCCAUUUCCAUUUCCAUGUAAAUUUAAAGAUUUAUGGUUUGCCACAUUUUGCAUAUAUAGUGCUGAGAGUGAAGUGCGUCCGGCACUAGUCUUUCUUUCAUUGUAUCAAUUUUUGUUUUCACCAAAUUUUCAAGUGACCAAAAAAUAAAGGUGGGUGGUUUUCUAUAUAUCAUUAUAAAUAUCAUUGUACUUAAGGGUUAAUCAUAACUUGAUUGAAAUAAUAUGUAUUUUUCUCAUCAUCUUUG